CCGAGAAGAAGACGUUCUUCUUCGCUGUUGGUACCACGUGUGUUACAGGCGUACUUUUGUCUUUUGUUGCGGUUAGUGUUUUAAUCUGAGUAAUGAACGGUUUAAACGACGAACGCAUGGCGGCGCAAACUUUUCUUUACGGUUGUGUGCUGGAAGCUGGUAAAGAGGCGGAAUUUAAUCCAGAGGAAGAUGAUUUUGAACAUCAGUUGGAUCUAAGGAUGGCAUGUGUCGACUCCAACACAAAAGAUGAGCUGCACGUGGUCGAGGUGGAAGGACACAAUCCAGAAGGCCAGAAAAUCAAAACCGCACUGGUUUCACUUAAACCUUCAACCCUGCCCAGCGUGUGCCUUGGUGGGUUCGCAGUCACGCCCCCAAUUGUCUUCCGUCUGAAGGCUGGAUCUGGUCCGAUUCACAUCAGUGGUCAACAUCUCAUCAUGUUGGAAGCCGAGUCAUUUGAUGAAGAAGAGGAGGAGGAGGAGGAAGAGGAGGUUGAAGAAGCCAAAACGUCAAAGAAACGACCUGCUGCUUCACCUUCUGCCAAGCCUCAGAAAAAAAAGAAAAUCGACUAUGAUGAGGAUGACGGCGAUGAUGAUGAGGAUGACGACGAUGAUGAUGAUGAGGAGGAGGAAGAUGAUGAUGAUGGGGACGAGGAAGAUGACGAAGAUGACAUGAGUGAGGAAGACGAAUCACCUGUCAAGGCCAAACCUUCUAAAUCUCAAACACAGAAUGCCAAAAGUCCUAAACCCACCACACCUGGACCUAAAGAGGGAAAGACUCCUAAAGGUAAAACUGACAAGUCACCUAAAACCCCAGUGACGCCAAAAGCAGUUCUAUCUGUUGAUGAGAUCAAGACCACAAUGAUGGAGCGAGUGAAGAAGGGUGUGGCACUGCCCAAAGUCCAGCCAAAGUUUGAGAACUUGGUGAAGCAUUGUUAUAAAAUCACUGGUGCCAAGGAAAUUGCUGAGCUGUGGAAGUGGAGACAGACAAUAAAGGAUGCUAAAUAAUGUCUGGGUUUUUAAUCAUUUUUAUGACUUGUUUAUUCCCAUAGCACCUCUAAAGCUCACCCUGCGCCUCCUACCUGUUAAUUACUGUAUUUUCUGCCAUGUAAGUCGCAGGACCUCCUAAACUAGUUUAAUGACUUAUAAUCGGGGGAAAAUACAGUAAAAUACCACACAAACAUCUGCUGUUCUGUUGUACGAAGAGAGGAGUUGGAGCAGUCAUCUGCUCAUAGUUCACAAAUGUCACAUUUUGUAAGUUUGUAAACAUGUAAUUGACUUGUUUCCUGAAUUUUCGGGUCUACAGUUAAUGCAAAACAAAUCGUAGUGAUCUUAAUGUGCAUAUAAUAUAUAUAUAUCUUUCCAUCAGAUUGUUUUACUUUCAUUUGAGUCUGUUCCUUCAGAUUGGCUUGUCUGAGGCUGUUUUGAAUGUUUCAUAUUCGAGUGGCGCUUGGUGUUAAAGUGCCGCUCAUGAAGUGUCGUGUACAGUUCAGCAGUUUUGCGGCUUGUCGAGUUCUGCCUGUAUUGCGCUGUAAAUGUCUGCGCACGGGGUUGGUUGCUGCAAAUCAUUCCCUCUUCAAAAUGUGACUUCAGAUGUGUUGUGGGAUGCGAUGUUGAAUUAUUAAUGAAAAUAAACUUGCUCCACUUGUGAUAAUUG